CACCGCGCAUGUCCGCAGCGACGCUGCUUCGUGUGCUCCAAUCACCAGAACGUUUCCUAACACAUAUUUCUAAAAUGGCGACUGUCGAGCCGGAAACCAACCCAAAUCCAUCCCUCCCAGAAGACGAUGGAGCUGAUGAGGCAAGAGAGACGACUGCUCAGGAAAUUGUGAGCCCAGAAGCCUACAUCAAACACCCGCUACAAAACAGAUGGUCUCUAUGGUUCUUCAAAAAUGACAAGAGCAAAACAUGGCAGGCCAAUCUACGACUCAUCUCAAAAUUUGACACAGUUGAAGAUUUUUGGGCUCUGUACAACCAUAUCCAGUUGUCAAGCAAUCUCAUGACAGGCUGUGAUUACUCCCUUUUUAAGGAUGGUAUUGAGCCCAUGUGGGAGGACGAGAGGAACAAGCGUGGAGGACGCUGGCUGAUCCCACUCAACAAGCAGCAGAGAAAAUUAGACCUGGACCGCUUCUGGUUAGAAACUCUCUUGUGCUUAGUUGGAGAGGCCUUUGAUGACUACAGCGAUGAAGUUUGUGGCGCUGUGGUGAACAUUCGUACAAAAGGAGAUAAAAUUGCUGUCUGGACAUCAGACUCUGAAAACCGUGCUGCUAUAACACACAUAGGGAGAGUUUACAAGGAGUGCUUGGGGAUCCCCUCGAAGAUGUCUAUUGGUUACCAAUGUCACUUUGACACAGCAACCAAAAGUGGCUCCACCACCAAGAACAAAUUUGUCGUUUAAGAAGCACCUAUUGUGCUCCCGUUUCAAUUCGUCAUAUUUGUUGUCGGUGCAUAUGUUUACUUUGCUGCAAAGACCGCGGAGUGCAAUCAAAUACUUCAAGCCAAAUGUUUCUAUAGCCUGCCCUCAACUUAGACCACAUAAAUAUAUGAAUGU